GGCUACUCCGCGACGGUUUAACGCGCGACAUCCUUUACUGUCCUCGCCGUGUUUGAGCGAAGCCGAGCUGCGAGCAGCACAGCUGUAAAACAUGUCUUCGUUCGCUUCCCCAAUCCUGCGGUGAACCGUGUCGUUUGUGUCCUGUUUUUUUUCCCUUUUUCUUUUUCAGAUGCUACGCUGGUUUGGAUCAUUUUUUCCGGCGAACGUGAUAUCGACUCCCUGCAUCAAUCGCGAUGCCCGUUUCGUGCUUUAAAAACGGCGCACCACAGAGAUAAGAGUCGGUCUCCAUGCUGCAGGGUUUUUUAGCGUCAAAUCUGCCCCUGGUUCUGCGUGCCGGAGUGCGGUUCUCCUAACGCGGCAGCUUGGCGCCGAUCUGCGGGACUAUGUGAGCACCAUGCUGCUGAUGCAGUGCCUUCUGUGGGCUGCAGCUACGGCUCGGUUCGCCGUGACAGGCUGGGACUUCGCGCCGCGGGACGGGACGGCACGGCGCGGGGACCGCGCGGGUUACGCGCAGGAGCUCACGGAACCCAAGCGGCUCCAGCAGCACGGCGACGCGGCGGACGAGCUCGCGCACCGUCGCCUGGAUACCAGAGUAAAGGCCCACGCCGGUGACCCGCACCCAGUCCAUUUGGCUCAGAUAUCUUUCCUGGUGGAGGCCUUUGGGACGCCUUUUAUUCUGGACUUGGAACUAAACCAUAAUCUCUUGUCAUCAGAUUAUGUGGAGCGACAUUUUGAUGAAUAUGGAGCACCAUCUCAGAACCAGGGUGGAGAGCUGUGCUAUUAUCAUGGUGUAGUGCGAGGGCUAAAGGACUCCUGGGCUGCUGUCUCCACCUGCCACGGCCUCCGGGGUAUGUUCUUCGAUGGCAACUUUUCUUAUGGAAUUGAACCCAUGCAGCGCUCCAACAAACAGGAACGGAACGUUCAUGUUGUGUACAGAAUGCCAGACGUGCAACUUACGAAGCCGUUCUGCUCAGAAUGCACAGGGAGCAGUAACUCGGAGGGUGGUUCUGCCAGUGACGAUGAUGCCCCCGGGUCUACAGAGACAGACUGGCCCGUCUUCACAGAUGGGUUGAGGAGGACAAAAAGACAGAUCCGUAGGGCACCGCGGACUGUCCAAACCGAGACCAAAUAUGUUGAACUGCUGGUGGUGAAUGACUAUGACCUGUUUGUUCAGAUGCGCAGGUCUACUGCUCAGACACGGAACUUUGCGAAAGCCGUAGUGAACAUGGCUGACGCAAUUUAUAAAGAACAACUUAACACUAGGAUUGUGCUUGUGGCCAUGGAAACGUGGUCAUCCCAGAACAUGGUUUCAGUUGGUGACGACCCCCUGAUGACCCUGCGUGAUUUUAUGAAGUACAGGAGGGAGAACAUCAAAGAGCAGAGUGACACAGCACACCUGCUCUCGGGGCGCACAUUCCACAGUGCCCGCAGUGGAACAGCCUACAUUGAGGGCAUUUGCUCCCCAGUCCGGGGAGGAGGGGUCAAUGAGUAUGGAAACGUAGGACCCAUGGCUAUCACUCUGUGUCAGAGUCUGGGGCAGAACCUGGGUAUGAUGUGGAAUAAAGACCGCUCCACCGCAGGGGAUUGUAGGUGUCCAGAUCCAUGGCUUGGUUGUAUUAUGGAGGAUACAGGAUACUACCUGCCACGUAAGUUCUCCCGCUGCAGUGUGGAAGAGUACCUUCGCUUCCUCCAGGAGGGAGGGGGCAGCUGUCUCUUCAACAAACCCACCAAGCUGUUAGACCCUCCGGAGUGUGGGAACGGAUUUGUGGAACAGGGAGAGGAGUGUGACUGCGGCUCCCAAGUGGAGUGCUCUCGUGCUGGGGGUGCAUGCUGCAAGAAGUGCACCCUUACCCAUGAUGCCAUGUGCAGUACCGGACUCUGUUGCAACAGGUGUAGGUAUGAGCAGAGAGGCAUAGUGUGUCGGGAAGCAGUGAACGACUGUGACGUGCCGGAGACGUGUGCAGGUGACUCCAGCCAGUGCCCUCCUAAUGUCCACAAACUGGACGGCUACAUGUGUGACUCAGGACAGGGUCGUUGCUAUGGAGGCCGCUGCAAGACCAGAGACGCCCAGUGUCAAGCACUGUGGGGGAACAACGCUGCAGAUCGGAUCUGCUAUGAGAAGCUGAACACAGAGGGGACAGAGAAGGGCAGCUGUGGCCGUGAUCCAGGUGGUCAAGGCUGGGUACAGUGCAACAAACAGGAUGUUCUGUGUGGUUUUCUGUUAUGCACUAAUAUGACGAUGAAACCUCGAUAUGGAGACUUGCAAGGCGAAGUUACAAGUCUCACAAUCUACCAUCAAAACAAGUACCUGGACUGCCGUGGAGGUCAUGCUGUAUUGGAGGAUGGCUCUGAUCUGGGUUACGUGGAGGACGGCACUCCCUGUGGUCCCAACAUGAUGUGUCUGGACCACCGCUGUCUCCCUGUCAUGACCUUUAAUCUGUCCACAUGUCCAGGGUCUUCUCCCUCACGCAUCUGCUCCGACCAUGGGACAUGUAGCAAUGAGGUGAAGUGCAUCUGUGACUCAGACUACACAGGCAAGGACUGCAGCGUGUACGACCCCAUCCCUGACCCUGAGCUUCCGGAUGGGCCCGAGAAAUACAAAGGACCGAGUGGCACGAACAUCAUCAUUGGCUCAUUGGCUGGAGCCAUACUGCUGGCAGCCAUCGUGCUGGGAGGCACAGGCUGGGGCUUCAAAAAUAUCCGGAGAGGAAGAUCUGGGGGGGGAUGAGAGGUCUUUCCUGUCUUCUUCACCUGCACUGUGUUCUUUUUCAUUUCGAGGAGAAGGGAAGAAAGAAAAAAAAAAAAGUCUUCCACUCGCUCAGAAAACUACAAACUCCACGAGUCCCUGCUAUUCCUCUCCUGUAUGUCUUUCAGCUUUUGCCUAUAGUCUCAUUCUAGUUCACUGGAGCCAGUCCAAACUGACCUUUGAGUUUUAACACAUCCUAGAUCAGCUAGGCCUGUCCAUGUGUUUAACCACCAUCCAGUGGCAAAACAGGAUGCCCUAAAUUCCUGGCAAAAUCUGUGUUGCACACUUGAGCACCUACGAAGCUUGAAUCUGCUCUCCACUGCUUUAGAAAAAUGAACCUAGGAAUUUAAGAACAAGGCUACUUGCACAUAUAUCUUAGCUCACAGCCAUGCACAGUAAACCAGUGGGUGAUCCUAAUGCUAACCCCCAACCCCUGCCAUAAACCUAACCCCUAACUCUAAUGUUUUGAUAAUCCCUCAUUAAGUAUUGUCUCUUUUGUAACCAAAGUUUGUGAUCCAUUGAUCAUGUGACCAUGUGAUCCAGUGAUCCCGUGAUCCCGUGAUCACCCUAUUUGGAUUAGAUUCAUUUAUCAGGAGGAUGUUUCUAAUGAAACAUUUUACAUGUCUCCUCAGUGAUGAAACUCUGGAUGGCAUUACAAUUAAUACAGGAUGAGCGAGUUUCUAGUGUGGUGUGUUUUCUACUAAACUGGAUGUGUGCGUCAUGUCCUUUACAGUUCCAUUAGUUUAACAUUAAACCUUUAAGGAGUUCACAGUGAUUGUAGCUGUAGCUGCGAUUAUAAUCGUUUCCCUUUGAUAAGCCUGCGGGGUCUCACUUUUAUCGCUUCAUUUUAUAAUUUUGUAUUUUUUUUUGCUUGAUUUGUUCAUUUCCUGAUUCAGGAGGAUCUCUGGUGCAUUGGUGUGCUAGGACACUCAAUAUUGCUAGUAGCAGUUGUCAAAAAUCUUUUUUUUUUAAAUGAGUGAUGACAUUGCCUGGAAAAUCACAGAGAUUUGGAUUCUGAUGGGACUAAAAUACUUAGACGAUUGCUGAGUAUCUAAAUUUCCAGCCUACUUCCUGCUUAGUAUCGUAUUAAGAAAAUAAUGUCAGCCAUUUUGUAGUGUUGUCUCAGUGGCCAAUUCAGAGUUUUUAUAUAGUUCACUAUAUUGUUACCCAUAGUGCACCUUAAAUGUAGUGAAUUGCCCAUGGGUAAAGGUACCGCAGUGCGUAGCGGUUUCCUCACACAAUGCAUAGCGGUUUCCUGUGGCAGAUAUUAGUGCUGUAUUUAGAAGGACAGGCAGUAUAGCAGACAUGUUGACAGGUUUUGGUCUGCUACUUCAGGUGAGCUGCAAAGUACACACGAUGCUAGUGUAAUAUGGACCAGAAUACAUGAAGCUUGUGCUCAUGAAAUAGGUAUAAAUAUUUCACUUGAUAGCUUUUAUUGAUAAAAUGGGAAAAUGUAUGUGGCUAGGUAUUAUUAAAGUCAGAAAACACAUUUGGAGCAGUAAAACUAACGUACUUCAAUGUGUUGUGAUUGUACUGCUAGUCUAAUUACUAUUGAUGUUCUGGCUAAUUUGCACAAGGAAAGGUCAUGAUAAGAUAUUUUUAGAACAAACCAGUGUUCAAAUUCUAUGUGCUGUCUCCCUUAUGUGUGCCCUAUAUAUUUAUAGGGUUAUAUUUGUUUGUUUAUGUCUAUAUAUAGUGAAUGAGUAAAUGAGUAGAGCAUUUCAGACACAGCUCAUGUACUUUGGUCUGUAAAUUUCUCAGGGGAGGAGAGAGAAAAACAGAUCUGGAUGGAAAUAAAAUGACAGAGGAAUACCUGUAAAAGAAGACAUUACACCAGGUCUCCAUGUAAAUUUAAUCCUAUUUAAAGAAAUUUCCCCAGGACCCCAUGUAAAUCUAAUCCUGUCCAAAUAGGGCUAAUGUUAGUGCUCGGAUCCUCCUUACAUUUGGUCUUUAGAUAUAACAUGGACUUGCUGAAUUUCAAAUGCAAGUAUCUUAGUUUGUACAGAUCAGUUCAUGGAAACCUACAAGCUGUUUUGUUUAGGCAGGUGGUAGGUUUACAACUUUAAUUCAUUUUAAAUUGGAACAAAUUCUCCCUAGCUUUUGUUGUUCUGAGGAUUCUUUGAGCUCAGGUUAGUAUUACCAAAUCUAUGGCUGAAGCUUUCCAGUACUUUUGUAUCUUACUGUAGCUGCUGUCAGAGGGUUCAAGAAAAGGGAAACAGCUCGCACUUAUCUCUCCACCCUCAGACAUGUACAGACCCAGGUUAUCCCAGUUAUGGUCCUCAAACAUGUACAGACCCAGAUUAACCCAGCUAUGGUCCUCAGACAUGUCCAAACCCAGAUUAACCCAGCUAUGGUCCUCAGACAUGUACAGACCCAGAUUAACCCAGUUAGCCUUCAGGUCUGGUACACAUGUAACUCCAAGAUGUCUGGAACUGUGUAUUGUCUUUCAGCAGCUAUGAGUGUAAUUUAUCAUUCCUCUGAUAUAAGUCUUAUACACGUUAUACAUGUUUAUAACUAGAUUUGUUAUGCCAUGGACAUGACUUUCAAAUCAUUCAGCUCUUUGUACUGUUUACACUACAAUUGCUGGGGUGUCAUACAUUACAAAAUUUUUACCAUCCCACAAUUGUGUCUGUCUACUAACUUCGUCAUGAAAACACUUGAAAAGUGACACGUGACAAGUGAUACAGGGAAUGAAGCGAUACCAUGCAUGAGGCAGGGAUUUUUUUUCUUUCAAAAAUGGAUGUCAGCCAGAAGAGAGAGAUCCAAGUUGUUGGGCACUAAAGUGCAAUGAAAAACAGAGGAAAAAGAGCAGGGACCAGUUUUGUUGUAGUCGUGCUUGCUGAUGUUGUAGUCACCCCUUCAGGAUUGCGCUACCCCCGUGUCUCUCAUUCACUGUAACUAGGUGUCAUACUUGUUACUAGUCAUUACAAACACUUUUCACACUACAGUAAUUGGACUUGUCGACAGGCUCAGAUAUUUAGCUUGCUGGAUAUUUUUCUGCAGGACAUCGGCAAGUCUCUCGGAUGGCGUCUUUGAACAAUUCACACAUAGCAAUCGAGAGCUGAUUCUCAAGCCUUAAGUGAGCAUUGAUUUACCUCUGAUCUGGGGCUUUACUCAGCAAUCCCCAAAACCUGUUGGCAAGUGGAAAAUCAGGGUUAAAAUCAGGACUAAAGUCGUGUAGUGUGGACUCGACAUUAGAUGUUUCCUUGGUUGCACUGGGACAAUUUUGCAAUUUCUCUUGUUUUUGAAAUCUAAAACUGGACUUGGGACAAAGGUAGUCUGGUAUUUAAUGGGAUUUAAAAUGUAUAAUACUUCAUACUAUUCUCAGUUUACUUUGAGAUGGUAUUGAGCUUACUUUUAGAUUAAAGAGACAUUGAAAACAAAAUCCAGAAACUUUUCCUUACUGAGAGUUUAAUGUCUGUUAGCGAAUCUGGUUCCACUGUAUUUGAGCAAACCUUGAGAUGUGAGGCUAACAUUCCUUGUUUAUCUAAUAUUAAUCCAUCUUCAGUGUACUGUGAUGCUGCUUUUCUCUCUGUAUCAGACAUCUAGUCAUGUUUAAAAAAGCCUAACGGUUUAUGCAUAAACAUUUGAAUGUAAUUUGAACUGGAACGUAGAACAUGGAUUGCAUAUUUUUUGUAUGUAUGUAUGGACUCUGGAAGUAUCUUUACUAUAUAUCAUCACACGCAUAUAGCUAACUUUUAGGUAGAUCAUACAGUAUAAAAAAUAAAUUAUGCCAUGAAAUGCAUACACUGUAUAAGUUGUAAAUCUUAUACAGUGAACACUGAGUGUAUGCACCCUAUAUGAAUAUAGAGAAUAUUGCAAUAUGCUGUUGACAUAUUCCAAUUUCAAAAUAGAAUAUAUUGUAAUAUAGUUUCAAUAUAUUACAUUUUGUAUGGUCUAAACUGAAUGUAGGUUCUUUUGUAAAUAUUGUGUAUAUUUGCUGUUACCUGUGUUACUUAUGUGGGAACACAGUGGAAUAAGCACAAACAUUACAUUCUGGAGUCAAGGAUUAUGCUACCCUAAAACUGAGGUAUUUUAAAAAAAGGUCAUAGUUAACCAGUGUGGAUUAUUACUGAUAUCAGAUGUGACUCUGACACACAUAACAUGGAUCUAGUUCUUUGAAGCUUACAUUUUGGUCCACUAGAGAUAUCGGUUCAAAGAUCAUCAGGUUCUGUUGGUGUCAUUGCUGGUGUUUAGUUUUCUACACCAACCAUUUAGAUGUGACACUGUGACUGUGCAGGUCUACAGAGUGCAAUUGGGCAUUCAUAACAAACAUCACCCAUUCAUAACAAAUAUCUGCCAUUCAUAAAAAAAUAUGAACCAUUCAAGGUAUGAAGGUAUGUCACCUCCUGUACAUACUCACUCAGUUUAAUGGCACAGGGUAUCUGGACAGAGAACACUCAAAAAUUAGUAUGUAUACUCAACCAUUAGUAUGGAAACUUCGUCUCUCAUUUUGAAUCUAUAUUGCUGGAGUGCAGAAUCAAGAACGAGCAUUCCUGUGUGUGUGUGUGUGUGUGCGCGUGCGUCUGAGUGUAUGUGAGGGCACAAUCUCUCAGGGUACGGGUGCUGAUGAAGGAUCAGACUACUCUUGUAAGUUACUGGCCCCCAUCAGCUCCAGCUAAUAGCAGGCAGGGGCUCCUAGGGGCCCAAUAACACUGAUGACAAUGAGCAUCGUGGGCCAGUAGCAGCAGCUAGGGAUAGAGAGUGAUCAGGAUACGGAGGGGACCAAUGCACAAAAUGAUGGUCACCCUGGUCACCAGCCCAACUCCUGGAGAUCUGCCUUCCCACAAACCCCAGAUUCAACCCAAAUCAGCAACGCCUGCUCUGGCCAAUCAGUGUGCUUGUCAGGGGGCCUCCACUAGAUGGAGGAGGUUUUUGUGGCGAACCUUUGGAGUUUAGAGUUGUCGUUGAAAUCUGCAGGAAUGUUGAAGCUUCAGGAGGAGCAGGGUUGGUGACCACCAAUCUCAUUAAGCAGGAUUUCUGUGUAUUACUUUUAUCUGCGAUUCAGAGCAUUCGUCUUGUAGACACCCGUUCCAAUUAUUUUUAAAUGUGUCUUUGCAGGUGCAAAAGUCCAGUUCACUGUUUUGUUUGUUUGUAUGUUUGUUUUUUUGUCGGAAUCCUAGUCACAUUGGAGAUGACUAGCAGGAAUCCUAAUCAUAUGGGUGAAAUUGUAGGUAUAAUAUUAGAGGUGAAGUUCUAGUCCACUGAUUUUCAAAUUUAAGAUAAAGCACCAAGAACUUAAUUUGACCAAAUAAGUAAUUGAAGAACAUGUUCACUGUCAUCAAUGAAGGGCAACUCAUGAAAUGCUCAUGAUUUUAAAAUGAGAGCUUUCAGUGGAACCACUGCCAUAGUAGCAUUUAGUCUAUACUGGAACUCUAUCUCCAGACUCUGUUUCUCAACUCUAUCUCCAGACUCUAUCUCUCCAGACUCUGUUUCUGGACUCUAUCUCCAGACUCUGUCUCCAGACUCUUUCUCCAGACUCUGUCUCAAGGCUCUAUAUCCAGACUGUCUCCAGACUUUUUAAACUUUACUAUUUUAGCUUCACUGUACAUCACCCACAUUCUGCAUGCUCUGAACAGGGAACGUUUCUAAUCAUUUAUGCUGAAUUUACCUGAACUGUCUAAAUACUGGGAUAGUACAUACAGACAUGGAGUGCAUAUGAUUAGCACGCAGCAUUUGGAGAUCAGGUCUGUCUCUGCACAAUGUGGAAGUGAUUCAUUGUACUCUCUCUGAUUCAGUGUAGUCUCACUGAUUCAGUGUUCUCUGAUUCAGUAUACUCUCGCUGAUUCAGUGUACUCUCUAGCAAUGAUUUUCUAGAAGAAAGGCUCUAGUGUUGACCCCAUCAUCUGUUUGUACAUCACCACAUCAACUUUUAUUUCAAAAUAUAUGAACAACGCCACAUAUGAACAAUGAAUGACCAACUAAUUUGAACUGAACCAGUCAACUGAUAUUCCUACUGAAGCAGUCAACCCACUGUAAAUGGUACUUUAUCAUCUAUGUGCAAUAUAAAAUGAAAGCAGGCCUGUUUUAUAUGGAUAGUUUAUUGUCUCCCUCUGUCUACCACUGCCAGCAGCCUGUCCUGAGGCUGGGUUACUGACAAGCCUGCUUGACAAAGUUUCUAGUUCUGUCAUCCUGUCAGUAAAUGUAAGGACUAUAUUGUAAUGUACAAGGUAAUUUUUAUUUAGUUUUUUAACUAAGAUACCCUCAGGGGUGUGUUUGGAAACCAGGAACUGAAUGUUAAGUGCUUUUACACCCUAAAACCGAAGUUUAUCAUGAACUUUAAAUGUGACAAUGCACAGAUAGCAACAAUUUAAAGUAGACAUGUUUUUCUUUCUGGUUGUGUUACUAUGGCAUUUAAAUUGUUGAUUGGCAGGUCAGAUAGGUCGUAAUGCUGCUUGUUUGGAACAGACAAAACAAGAACAAAUUAAAAUAUUUGUUUUUCUCCUUCAGUAGCACCCUCAUGUUACUCUACUUUACUGUGUUAUUAUACAAUGAUGUGUUACUCUAGAAUGUCCUGUUCUCUGACUGAAUGCCAAAAUGUCUGCCCAUAGCCCUGACAGCACAAUAAGAUAUGUUCCUUUCCUGUGCAUUAUUGUUAUAUGUUACCAGUUAUGUGUACAUAUAUUCACACAUUCACAAAUAUUUGUAUAAAAUAUCAUGACCAUAUGUAUAUUACUAGGUGUAAUCAAUGUCAAUGUUGAAAUAUCACACUGAAUGCAGGUGAUGGCUUCAGUAAUGCUAACACAAGUCUCUGUAUCAGCCAAUAUAGCAAUGUAUUCCAUAAUAUUAAGACAGUUGAUUGUAUAUUUAUGUAUAAUCACUUAAACCUCCUGGAAAUAUGUCUUCCAGGGUGCCAGACUGUGUAUAAAUACUGAUUGAAACUUGAGUGAGUGACUGAGAGCCAGUGCGGUUGUGGAUCUGUAGUCCACCUUUCUACAUGAUCAGUUCCACAUUCCUUUAGAGAGGAAAGCUGACAAAAGCACUUCAGUUUGUUGUGAUUGGUGUGAAAUAACUUUUGCAUGGUGGUGGAUGGCGGGAUGCGGGUGGCAGAUUGUCUUCUCUUCCACCCCUGUCCACAUGGCCUGCUGAAUACAGCUGGAUUUUCAGAAGAAAGUCUGUUGUACUUAGAAGACUGAAAUAAAAUGACAAUAUGAAAA